GACGUCACCAAGCUCCAUUUUAUGCCAUCACCAAUACAUCCUUUAAGUGGCAUCACCUCGUACAAAUAUUUUCCAUGUUCGAACGAUGAACUAUGUUUAUGUUAUCCUCCUCACUUGUCCUCAGCUUCUUCGGCUUACUGCCUGCACUAGUUUGACGGUUUAUGCUUUGUUUCGGUAUUAGUUACCUUCUAGUUUGUUUUAGUUCGCAAAGGCAAAAGUAGCAAAAAAGUGGCAAAGGUGCAGUUUUUGUAAAAUUUUCCUCCCAGUUCCCAUCAUGGUUGAACAGCUAGAUAGUCUAAUUAUUAAAAAUGAACCAUUCUAUGCCGUUGAAGAGCCAGACCUUCUCAAUGGCAUAGGUAACAGCAACUUUUCGUUGGGGGAUAGUGAUCUACGUACGCUUUGCCUCAAUAGAUUAGGACUAUGUGAGGAAACUGUGGCUCUAUUGGAAGCCCAGCAAAUCGAUGUCGAAUGCUUGAAGAAAAUGCGAUUUGAAGAUGUAGAUACCUUGUUUGAUGGUCGUCCUCUGGGGCCAAAGAUUCAUUUGAGAGAAGCGCUUAUAUCAUGGAGAAUAGAUAUUGGUUUACCGAUGAAGAGCUUGCGAAUGAUUUCUUACCGCAAGCGAUCCGUAGAUCAGCUUGAUUCCAGACCGAUAAAAUAUCCCAACAAUGUUAGCUGUGAUCCGAUGGGGAAUAGUUCUAUGAUGGUUGAAACACACAAAUAUCACAAACCAACAUCUAAUAUUUCUUAUAAGACUUUUGCAUGGCCUAUGACGGUGGAAGUUUUAAAGGAUAUUCUGAAUAGUUGCAAUGUUGGGAGAAUGAUUUUACAUUCGGGAGAGCUGGGAAGUUUGGAAAAGUCCUUCCAAAGUCAGCUGACGGCGAUAGUGAUCGAUUAUCAUAUGGAGUUUGACACAAAAAUUACAGCCAUGCAGCUAGAAAACUAUCAGAGAUGCAUCACGACGUUGUUCCCUCAUGAAAAUAAGAAUACGUAUCACAUUCCUCGAGGACCUACAAGACGAAAUCCCGGCGGCUCAUUAUACUCAAGGUUCAUCAAUCAAAAGAUUAGCAAAAAAGCACUAGCUAUCGGCAGUGGACUGGGGUCCCCUUACAACAUGUGAACCUUAAGCUGAAUGCUUUUUAUUUAGUUGCUUACCGUGUAAGAAAUAAUGCAUGUAUGAGACGUUUUUCAACAGUUAAGUUAACAUCCUUUAUUGUAUUCUUGAAAUAAAUAUUUAUUUGAUGGAAACACUCAAA